CGCGGGGUCUCGGCCCCCUGGCUGGCUGGCGGGGGCGGGACGCGGUGCUGGCCGCGCCCGGGGCGCUGGGCUGCAGCCGGGCAGUCCCGGUGCCGGCAGGAUGGGCUGCGGGGGGAGUCGAGCCGAUGCCAUCGAGCCGCGCUACUACGAGAGCUGGACCCGCGAGACCGAGUCCACCUGGCUGACGAACACCGACACCGAGCCCCCGCCGCCGGCCUGCGGCCACGAGAGCGCCCGCGCCGAGGCCGGACUGCGGGACCAGGGCGCGCCGCACCCGGGUAUGCUGGAGGAUGAAAAAUCAACUCAGACCUGUGUUACCAUGUCCUCGACUGCAAGUGGAAUAAUUAACACUGAGAAGAAAACUAGCUGUGGUACUCAAUGCACAAAACCCAUGGUCCAUGCCUCUGGAACUAUGACACAGAAACACAAUGGCUUCAGAACAGCAGAGGCUAAAUGGGACACCAAGAAAAUGUCCACAAAAGAAGUCACCAUUAACGUUACAAAAAGCAUCAGACAAAUUGACAGCGACAGAAGAAUCACAAAGAAUUGUGUCAAUUAAAGGAGUAAAGCAAAUGUGAAGAUGGACCUAACAAUACUUUGCUGCACUUUAACUGUGACUAAUCACUUAAGAUUUGAAGAUCUCAAGAUGUUCUGUGUUGAAUGCAAUGGGCAGCGGCUGCUGAGUGCCUUGAGAAACGUUGUUUUAACUAGCAGUAAAUAGCUGCAAACACUGUUGGAUGUUCAGACAUGUAUUUAUCUAUUGCAAUGGCACUGUACAAAAAUAUAACAAAAUAUGUGCCAUUUUUCUCUCCAAGUCCUGUGCUAUCUAAUUGUAGUUUUUCUAUGCUGCAUUGCUGUUAGGGAUUGGACAAUUAGAGCUGCAGUUCAUCUCACUUUAAAACAGAGAAAGAAUCAUUAAUCUGUGUUACUAGUAAGUAGCCUGAAAUGUGUUACCUUCUGUUUUAUAAAGUUAAAGAUCUGACUUUCAUAAAAACUCAAACCCAGAUAUCUCAGAAGUAAAGAAACACAAAUGGCUUCCAAUUUUAAACUAUAUAUGUGAUCCAUGAGUCAUAUUGUCUUCUGGUUAAAUUACCUUGUUUCAAGUUAGUUUCUAUAUCAGAAGAGUUUAGGUCUUGAAAGCAAUAAUACUCAUGUUGUUACAGUGUAAUGAAUCUGAAGUACCCAGUUUUAGCUCACAGGUAGUGUUCAGUUUACAUUCUGUCUUGACUCUUUCUCAAUUCUCCCUUCAGAAACACCAAACUGAGAACUGUUUUACAAGAUUUUGUAAGACACCCUUCACUUUCUAAUUUUAUAUAUAAAUAAGCAGACUUCCCCAAAUAAUUUCAUAAUGAUGACAACUACAAGAAGAUUAUCUUUAUUUAAUAAUUAAAUUUAAUUGAUUUAGCUUAUAUUCUUGUUCUUUCAAUAUAUAGAAAAUGGGCAGAACAUACAUUUUAAUUGCAUUAUAUCCUGUGUCACUGUACUGUAUAUUUAGCAUAAGUAUAUUCCCAAGAAAUCAAUGUAAACUUUUGUACAGACCACUAAUUAAUACAAGACCCUCUAAACAACAAAGUAAUGAGUUUGAUAUAAACCCACUGUGGUUUUGACUUUGGACUUUUAUGGCGAUAAGAGCAGUAAAAUCAUUUUACUCACUCAUUAUACACCUAUGAGCAUCCUUGAGGUGUCAUUUACAAUAAACUAUUCAGCAACCAUUAACGCUCAUUACUUAUAAUAGGUGGAG